AUGAAAACCAAUCUCAGUAUCGGAGACUGCGGAGACUUCCCAGUACGCUCAAUCUCAUGGGUGGAGAACAAGGCUUGCCCUGAACAUUGCUUGUCAGGCCACACGAUCACUUGUCCGAGAAAAUGCUUCGUCACGUUAUGGGUCAUCGUUCAAAACCCUCAAAGCGGCCACGAAACGACAGUUCUAGCAUCUAUCGGGGGCAAUCCAGAAGGAGAACCAAUCCUCGACUUUCUCACACUCGGUACCUAUACAAACAAGAUUACGGACACCGCGAAGCGAAUCGAAACUCCCGUACAGACAAAAUUGGAAGGGUUCAACUUGAAGGCGGUUGUUGACAGAUUAAGCGACCUCAAUCAGACAUUGGAAUUCGAUCGAGAAGGCGACCCUCAUCACAAGAAGUGGGCAAUUCGACAACUUGAAGCGUUAAGUGGCUGGCUCCUGAAGGAGGAGAACAUCGAUGUGGCAAGGGGAGAAAUGGAUAGUGCCUUCGACAGCUAA